UUAACUCCGUCACAGAAGGAGCUAACACCGCCUCCAUUUUGGUCUCGUGUGUAUGUUUGUGCAUCGUUGAUGUCAACUGGAGGUACAACAGGACCGAACGCAGAGGCACUAUUAAUACAGAAAUGGACGGCAUCAGCGAUGUUGCAGUUGGAGUGAAGAGAGGAUCAGAUGAGCUGCGUAUGUACAACAGUCCCAACUCUGGCAUGAGCAGUAUGAGUGAUGGGAGUUCCAGUGGCAGUGAAAGUAAAAAGCUGAGGGUAGAGGAGGCCCCACCAUCUCGUGUGCUCCACAUCAGGAAGCUGCCCAACGAAGCGUCAGAGACAGAAAUUAUUGCUCUUGGCUUACCAUUUGGAAAAGUCACCAAUAUCCUUACACUUAAGGGAAAGAACCAAGCUUUUUUGGAAAUGGGUACAGAAGAUGCUGCCAUCACGUUGGUUAAUUACUACACCACUGUAGUUCCUCAUAUUCGCAACGUCCCCGUCUUUAUACAAUACUCAAAUCACAAGGAGCUAAAAACCGAUGCUGGCAAUCAGCGUACACAGGCGGUGCUGCAGGCGGUUUCAGCAGUUCAGUCUGGUGGGUCACCUGCCUCAGAUGUACAGGAAAUACUUGCCACCGCCUCAAGCCCAGUGCUGCGGAUCAUCAUCGACAAUAUGUUUUACCCCGUAACACUGGAUGUACUACAGCAGAUUUUUUCCAAGUUUGGUACCGUCAUGAAGAUAAUCACUUUUACGAAGAACAACCAGUUCCAGGCUCUUUUGCAGUUCAGCGAACCUGUCAAUGCACAGCAGGCCAAACUGGCACUUGAUGGUCAGAAUAUCUACAAUGCGUGCUGCACACUGCGGAUUGACUUCUCCAAGCUGGUCAACUUAAAUGUCAAGUAUAACAAUGAUAAGAGUCGUGACUACACACGACCAGAGCUGCCAGCUGGUGAUGGCCAACCCAGCAUGGACCCUGCUGUGGCUGUUGCUCUCAGCAAAGACAACUCCCUCCUUGGUAAGAUUCCAGGAGCCCUGAACCCACUCAGCGCAGCGGCGGUAGCUGCUGCUGCUGCAGGAAGGGUUGCACUAGCUGGGCAGACAGGGUCCAGUGGGGUGCUCUUGGUCAGCAAUCUGAAUGAAGAGAUGGUUACGCCCCAAAGUCUGUUUACCCUCUUCGGAGUCUAUGGUGAUGUCCAGAGGGUGAAAAUUCUUUACAAUAAGAAAGACAGCGCUCUCAUUCAGAUGUCAGACGCCAACCAGGCUCAGUUAGCCAUGAGCCACUUGAAUGGCCAAAAGAUGUAUGGGAAAAUUAUCAGGGCAACACUGUCGAAACACCAGACUGUGGCACUGCCUCGUGAUGGCCUGGACGACCAGGGCCUGACCAAGGACUAUGCCAACUCUCCGCUUCAUCGCUUCAAGAAACCCGGAUCCAAGAAUUUCCAAAACAUUUUCCCGCCAUCUGCCACUCUCCAUCUCUCCAACAUCCCGCAAGAUGUUUCAGAGGAUGACCUGCGACUGCUUUUCUCAAACGCCGGAGGCACUGUGAAAGCAUUUAAGUUUUUCCAGGAUCGUAAAAUGGCCUUGAUCCAGAUGUCGACAGUGGAAGAGUCUGUCCAAGCCUUGAUUGACCUUCACAACUACAACAUGGGAUGCAACCAGCACCUAAAGGUUUCCUUCUCUAAAUCCACCAUUUAACAAUGUGACAUAAGAACCAUUGAUUCAGUUGGUUGUCAGACCCUGUCGUUUGAGGGAAACGUGACCUUCAUCCUGUUCUUCAAAAAUUGGGGAAAUUGCAGUAGACCCUCCUUGGCCAGCUGUUCUCAAUAUGUCUGGAAAAUAUUGACAUUUAUUGUCAUCCGUAUGAUAGUUUGAUGUAGAGCAGCAUUUAUUCCUUAAUUUCGACAAAAAUAUACAUGUGCCUUAUUUGAUAUCAGCUUUCCACAGCGCACACAUUUAUUAAAAAACCCCAUAUGCUUUCUAAUCUCAUGGAUGUACGGCAAACAAUAUUGUAUCUGUUAUUAGACAUGCACCCAUCGAGCAUUGUCACCUGUCAGCUUUUUUACAGUUUGAAUUGUGUAUUUUCCAUAUUGAGUCGCAUUCAGGGAUCAAUAUUCCUGAAAUUUACUUUAACGACAGUCCACAACCAACAGGAGAAUUUGGUUGGGUUUGAGAUUGUUCUUCCACAGAGAUGCCCUGUGAAAUAAAAUAUCAAUUUGGCCACCCCCAUGUCAGUACUGCAAAAUAUAAUAAUUGAUGAAAUAAAUAAUCAUAUUUUUUGUCCCUUAGAAUUUUCCUCCCUUUUUUUUUUUUCUUGUUACGGUGUACCUACUCUCCCUGACUAAUGUAUCUUCAGUUCUUGCUGUAAGUGAGCUAUCACAGCGUGUCUUGUAGUUUCCUAUUUUCUAUGGCUUAUUUUCAAGCAUCUGAUGUCCAUAGGAGUUCCAUGUAAUGGUCACUGAUAUUUGGUUUGAAAAGAUGAAUGGUUGCAAAACAGGUUACUUGAGAAUUCUACUCAGUUGGACCAAAGUUUCUGUGCCUUAAGUAUUCCUGUAAUAAGAAAAAAAAAAAGAAAGAAGAAACUAAAUCUGCAAAAAAAAAUGUCUUCAGUUUCAGGACGUUCCAAAAUUUCAUCUGAUUAUUUGUAAGAUUACAAUAACUAUUGUCUGAAAUGAUACAUUAAAAAAAUGACUAUGAACAAUUUUUGCUUCAAAUCUUUUGUUUCUCAUAUUGUAAUGGUCUGUCAAGUAAAAUAUAUUGUUUUCUAAUUUGGAAAUUUUCAGUUUUUGAGUGUUGAUUUGAUUGUAGUUGAUUCUGAAUUUCUUCUGUAGCAUGCUCAAUAAAACUUUUCUUUAAUAGUU